AUGACAACCCCACGUUCUUUCACACUGCAAGAAGUUGCUAAGCAUAACGGGACAGAUGACUUGUACAUGGUCAUCCGAAACAAAGUGUACGAUUCUACUUCUUUCCUCAAAAAACAUCCUGGAGGAGAGGAUGUCUUGUUGGAGGUUGCUGGAACUGAUGCAACUGAGGCAUACGACGAGGUCGGUCACGGGGAGACGGCCGACCGGCUUCUGAGCAAACUUUACGUCGGGGAGUUGGUCUUACUGGUACGUGUCAAAUUAUUGCUACAAUUGAGCUCAGGAGGGGAAAUGAACUGGUGCCAAUCACCCAUAGCCCAUAGUCUUGCAGCGGAAGGAAUCAAGACCUCGGGUUUGCAAGGAAACAGAAAAUAUGUUGGGAUUCCCUCGCACUUUCUACUUCUCAUGGGUCUCAUUGUUUGCCUCGCUUUACUACUGGGGUACAUCAAGGCUAAAUGA